AUUUUUAACUUAACCAUGGUUAACUCGAACAACUACGGGUUACAAAUGCAGUUUAUAAUGAAGAGAACCGCUCCUCCUCUUAGAAUCAGUGAACGAUGCCCAAAAAUGAUGAUCGGAGAACCAACCCGACCAAAUCCCACAGUCAAAAUCCCCGCAUGGGAACCAUUCAACGAUCCUACUUCUAGUAUUUCCUCCGUCAACUAUAACUGCAAUGCAACGUCCAGCCCUUGCCCCGUCGACUACCUUUUCGCACUCCAACGUUACCUUCCGUCGAACAACUUCGACUCAGAUUCGCUUAGUGAGGAGUCGGACUUACCCGUCGAUGCGAUCUCGUGUGUCAAUUUCCGGAUGUAUGAAUUCAAGGUGAGGAGGUGCGCUCGUGGAAGGUCGCAUGACUGGACUGAAUGUCCGUACGCCCACCCAGGUGAGAAGGCCCGACGGAGAGAUCCGAGGAAGUUCCAUUAUUCUGGAACGGCCUGCCCUGAUUUCCGCAAGGGAAUCUGCAAGAAAGGCGAUUCGUGUGAGUUCGCUCAUGGUGUCUUUGAGUGUUGGCUCCACCCUGCCCGUUACCGUACCCAGCCAUGUAAAGACGGUACUAGUUGCAAACGAAGGGUCUGUUUUUUCGCUCACACGCCGGAGCAGCUCCGACUCUUGCCCCAGCAGAGUCCGAGGGGGGAUGGGUUAGGUUCAGGUGAGAUAGAUUACGUACGUACACCUGUACGUCGCCGUUUAGACUUCGCUUCUUCACCCACUUCCAUUUUGGCAUCACCUCCGUCAUCCUCACCAUCCGAUUCACCCCCCAUAUCGCCAAGUGGCUCGUUUUUCUCGGUGAGCGAGCUCGCUGCCAACAUGCGUAGCAUGCAGCUUGGUAAGGCUAAAAUGAGCGGCGCUUGUUCUUGGGGCCUGCAAACCGGAUCGGGUUUCGGUUCCCCUAGGGGAUCCACUCUCCGUCCUGGAUUUUGCAGGUCUCCGUCAACCCCGACCCGGUCUGGGCUGGGCCAGUUUGAUCUAUGGGAAUGUAACUAUUCGGAAGAAGAACCGGCAAUGGAGAGGGUGGAGUCCGGAAGAGACUUGAGGGCCAGGAUAUAUGCAAAGCUGAGUAAAGAAAAUUCCCUGGAUGGACCCGAAUCAAUGGGGUUGGAUCCCGAUCUUGACUGGGUAUCCGAAUUGGUAAAGUGAUUGGAUGCUGGGCUUUCUGUUUGGAUUUAUUUACGGGAAUUCUUUAUAUAUAAAAUUCGGUUGCCAUAAUCCGAGGUUCUGACGUGUGUGAAUAUUGAUGUUUCUGCGUGUAAAUUGACGACGGAGAAAGGGGGAUGGGGAAGUCUCUAUUUUGUGGUGCAUUUUAUUUUUAAUAUUGUUUCUGCCUGUAAAGACAAGUGUCAAUUAUCAGAGCUGCGGAAGAAUGGUAAGCCGUUUGUUUAUCG